AUGAGGGAAAGGGAAGAAGGCGAGUGCUGGAAGAAAGCUUCCUUCUACUUCAUACUCUUCUCUAUCUACUUUAGCUACUCCUUCUACUUCAUCUACUUCUUCUUAUCUACCUACUUCACCAACUCCUUCAUCUACUUAUUUAUCUAUUUCAACCACUCCUUCUAUUUCAUCUACUUCUUCUUUACCUACUUCAUCUACAUCUACUUCAACUACUACUUCAUCUACUCCUAUUUCUUAAUCUACCUCACCUACUCCUUCAUCUACUUCUUCUUUAUCUACUUAACCUACUCCUUCUACUUCAUCUACUCCUUCUUAAUCUACUUCACCUACUCUUACUUCAUCUAA